UUUUGGUGUUGUUUUGGGGCGAUUUGGGGUCUCCCCCCCAGGUUCGUGCAGUACAAGGCCACGUCCCUGGAGAAGCAGCACAAACACGACCUGCUGACAGAGCCAGAUUUGGGGGUGACCAUCGACCUCAUCAACCCCGACACCUACCGCAUCGACCCUGGUGUGCUGCUGGACCCGGCGGACGAGAAGCUGCUGGAGGAGGAAAUUCAGGCCCCCACGAGCUCCAAGAGAUCCCAACAACAUGCCAAGGUGGUGCCCUGGAUGCGCAAGACCGAGUACAUCUCCACCGAGUUCAACCGCUACGGCGUCUCCAACGAGAAACCCGAGGUCAAGAUCGGGGUGUCAGUGAAGCAGCAGUUCACCGAGGAGGAGAUUUACAAGGACCGAGACUCCCAAAUCGCCGCCAUCGAGAAAACCUUCGAGGACGCGCAGAAGGCGAUCACACAGCACUACAGCAAACCCCGGGUGACCCCCAUGGAGGUGAUGCCCGUGUUCCCCGACUUCAAGAUGUGGAUCAACCCCUGUGCCCAAGUGAUCUUCGACUCGGACCCGGCGCCCAAGGACACGUCGGGGGCCGCGGCCCUGGAGAUGAUGUCCCAGGCCAUGAUCAGGGGGAUGAUGGACGAGGAGGGGAACCAGUUCGUGGCCUAUUUCCUGCCCGUGGAGGAGACGCUGAGGAAGAGGAAGAGGGACCAGGAGGAGGACGUGGAUUACGCCCCUGAGGACGUCUACGACUACAAGAUCGCCCGGGAGUACAACUGGAACGUGAAGAACAAGGCGAGCAAAGGCUACGAGGAGAAUUAUUUCUUCAUCUUCCGCGAGGGGGACGGGGUUUAUUACAACGAACUGGAGACCAGGGUCCGGCUGAGCAAGCGCCGGGCGCGCGCCGGGGUCCAGUCGGGCACCAACGCGGUGCUGGUGGUGAAGCAUCGGGACAUGAACGAGAAGGAGCUGGAGGCACAGGAGGCUCGGCGGGCACAGCUGGAGAACCACGAGCCCGAGGAGGAGGAGGAGGAAGAGCUGGAGGCCGAGAAGGAGGCGGCGGGAUCAGACGAAGAGCGUGAGAAGGGCAGUGAGAGCGAGGGGGCCGCGAGCGGGGACGAGGAGGAGGAGGAGGACGAGGCCGAAGGCUCCGGCAGCGGCAGCGAGCGCGGGGGGGGCUCUGCCCGCAGCGAGGAGGAGGAGGAGGCCGAGGAGGAGGAAGGGGGGGCCCGGGGGGGUCGCCGGGGGGGCAGCGACGCCGCCAGAGCCGCCCGCGACCAGGAGGAGAUUUUCGGCAGCGACAACGACGACGAGGAGGAGGAGGAGGAAGAGGAGGAGGAGGAAGGCAGCGAGGGGGGGGCACCCCCACGGAGCCCCCAGCUCAGCGCCAGCGAGGAGGAGGAGGACGAGGAAGAAGAGGAGGAGGAGGAGGAAGACGAGGAGAGUCCCAGCGACGCCUCCGACUCCUCCAGCGAGUGAGGGGCUGGCGCGUCCCCCCCGGGCCCCCCCGGCCCCGUUCUGGGGUAAGAAGCAGCCGUUGUGGGUGUUUUUUGUGUUUAAUAACGUUCAUGGUUACCAGCCAUAUCAUAACAAAAGGAUUCAUAAUAAAAUGUAUCUAAAAUAA